UUGUUUACAGAACCCGCAGGCCUGGCUGCUCAAAGCUGUCUUUCUAUUCCAAACUUUCUCGCUCGCAAACGUAUGCCCCCGCUUCGCAGGCAAACUAGCUGGAAGAUGUAGUAUGGACCAGAUCAAAGCAUUGCAGCCCGCGAGGGCGUCAUAUAACUUUGGCGCGAGUGCAAGUUACUUUGGCGCGAUGGGGUCUUUUGCGCCUGACUGGGAGAACAUAGCGUCUUUUGACUUUGAUGAAUUGGUAGCUGAAGCUGGAGUGCAGCCAGGGCUACUUGUACCGAGCGCGCCUCUCGGCGCUGCGUGGGACGGCGCUCUCCCAAACGGCGGGCCCACUUCCCCAACGCCCGGGAGUGGCCCGCUGUCGCCAGCAGCAGCAAACGAUGCCCAACACGAUGCACGACAGCGAUAUAGGCGAUCACACGUUCCAUGGCUAAGCCACAGCCGCAGCCACUGCAGCCCAACCCUCAGCAACCCGCGAACCAGCAUCAACAACAUCAUCAGCGGCAGCCGCCGCAUCCCAGCACACGGGCACGGCGGCAGGCGCCCAAGAUCUUUCCAUUCAGCCGACUCGAGGGGCCGGGCGGCUUCGGCGGCCUGCCGGCGCCACCCUGGUACACCCGCCCGCCCGGCGCUGUGGGGCAACCACCGGCGUGCAAGCGGGGGCGUGACACGGUUCCAGGCGGGGCGGGCGCUGGGGCCCAGCAGCAGACCGGCGCCUUGCCGACAGGCCCGGAGCGAGCUGGCGGCAGCUUUCUAUGGGACGUGCAGAUGCUGGAGGUGGCGGGAAGCCCGGUGGGCGUGGCCGGCGGGGAAUGGAGGGCCGGCAAGGAGCAGCUUGCGGCGUCGGCAGCGACAUGGCAGAGCCCCGACGCGCUGCCGCGGCUGUCGCAGGAGCCGCCGCCAGAGGGCGCGCCCUACACGGAGCUGCUGCACAGCCUGCAGCGCAUUGGCAGUGACCUGUGCCGCAUGGCGGCGGCGGGGGGACUGCCUGGCGACGACUGGGGCGAGUGGCUGGAGGAGUGGCAUGCACUGCUGCGGCAGGCGCUGGAGCAGCUGAAGCGGCUGCUGGUGGACCGGGCGGCUGUGUCCAACUACCCGGCACAGGGCUCACCGGGGGAUGCGGGCAUGCAAGGCUGCUCACCCAGCGGCAACCAGCAGGUGACCAACCACACACAGCUCAAGGCGGCGGUGGAGCUGCUGCUGCUGCAGGUAGCGGAGCUGCCCAGCCCGCAGGGCGCCGGAGUGGCGGGCGCGGCCCUGGAUGCGGUCGAUUACCUGGUGUGCAAGUCGUCCUUUGCAGACUUCGACCGGUGCGACGCGGCCGCACGUGACAUCCUCAUCAGCGGCUGUGUCAAGCUGUCGCAGCUGGCGGCGGAGCGGCUGCGCGGCUGUGGCGGCCGCGGCGGCGGAGCCGGCAGCCCAGGAGCUGGUGGUGACUGCGGCCGCGGCGGCCGCGGCGGCCGCAGCGGCGGGGCCUCUGACAGCUGGCAGGAGGUUCUGAGUCUUUCGCUGCAGCGGCUGGCGGGUUGGCUGCAGCAGCAGUCGCAGCUGGUGGCGGAGAUGAGCGAGGUGGCGGACCUGACGAUGGAGGUCCGCCGCCUGCGCCUGCUGGGGCCGUGCCAGUUGGGCGGCCUGCAGUGGUGUGACGCCACCACCUCCAACCCCACCAGCAGCGGCUACCGGGACAUGAUGUUCAGCCGCCUGGCCGCCGAGCAGCGCCACGUGCUCGGCAAGCUGUGCAAGCAGCUCACGGUGCUGGUCCGGGCCGUGGGCCGGUCGCUGGCGGAGGUGCUGCUGCAGCCGGCGGCGGUGCAGGCGCUGCUGCAGCCGGACCGGACGCGAGAUGCCUGCCGCAAUGACAAGCUGUUGCUGCUCAGCACCGCAGUGCAGGUGCUGGCGCUGCAGCAGCACUGCCAACAACCGUUGCCGCAAUCUGGCGGUAAUGGUACCGUGGCGGCAGCCGUGCCGUUUGGGGUGACUACUGCCGACUCUCCAACUGCAGCGGCUGUGGGGCAUGGCGGUGCGCGGGGCGCGUAUGAGCUGGUGGUGGGCUCGCAGCUGCAGGUGGCGGUGGAGCGACUCCUGUACUAUGAUUACAACGCGCCGGUCGACCUCUCCGUGCAUGCCAUCACGCCGCAAGCACCCUGUCGCGACUACGCAGUGCCGCUGCUGGGCUUCCUGCACGCACUGACCCAGCACGCCAACAACCAGCCCAGCACCUCGCACGUGCAGAAGGCCACCCUGGGCUCAUGGGACCGCAUCGAGGCGGCGGCAGCGGCGGCCGUGGGGUUUGUGGGCGGCGGGUCCAGCGCCUUCCUCCGGCGGGUAUGGGAGAGCCGGCUGGAGCCACACCAGCGCAUGCUGGCAGUGGCACUGCUGGCCAGCGCCGCCCGCGGCCUAGUGGCGCUGCGGCGGACCGACCUGGUGGCUGGCGCGCUGCUGCCGGCCCGCGCCGGACCCACCAAGGAGCAGCUGGGUCUGUUGGGGGUGUGGCUGCGGCUCGCGAUGGAGGGCGGCAGCGACCGCGCCAUGCUUCAGCUGUUGACGGCCGAGCUGCUGCGCGCGCCGGAGGCCCGGGCUCUUUUCUGCUGCUUCUCUGCAAGCAGUGCCAUUGCCAUUGCCAGCCCCGAGGCCGCUGCAGCCGACAUCUGCGGCCGCAGCGAGGCGGUGGCGGAGCAGGUGCUCGCAGCUCUCUCGGCCCUGGCGCAGCAGCGGCAGCAGCUCCCGGCCCUGGAGGCGCAACAGCGCAGCAGUCAGCUGCUGGCGCUGCUAGACGGCCUCGACACAUCCGUGCACCACCUGAACGAAGAGCUACGGCGCGGCGACGCCGCCGCCAGCCCCGCCACGGGCGACGGCGCGGGCAAGGACCCCACGCCGCUCAGCGCUGCCACGCUGCAGGCGCACCGGCACAUGACGAGUGUGGCCAUGGCGGCGCAGGCCGCGUGUGCGGGUGGCUCCCUGGACCUGCACGCGGCGCUGGGUGGUGUGCUGCUGGGUGGCGGCACGGGGCGGCCGGACGCGGCGCGCUGGGAGCGGGCUCAGGGCGCCGUGCGGCUGCUGGAGGCGGCGGCGGCCAUGGUGGUGGAGGACGUGGCCAGCCUGACCUUCCACGCUGGCUGUGAUGCCGCUGCAGUGCUGCGCUGGCAUGAGGCGCUGCGGAGGCGGAGCAGCGGCGGCCUGAUGGCGGAGCUGUGGAGCGUGCUGACACACGUGUUCGACAGCCGCGCCGACCUGACGCCGCUGCAGGGCAAGAGCUCCGUCCAGACAAGGUGCCUCGUAUUGCUCUGCUCCGUCGUGACUGAGCUGCCGGGCGCUGAGGGCACCCCCGAGCACGCCAAGGCCGCAAAGCUGCGGCUGCUGGCAGCGAGGGCCGCGGCCCAGCAGCUGGCGCCACUCGACGCGGCUGACGCUGCGCCAGCCAUCUCUGCAGCGCGUGACAGCGCGGCCCGCGCGCUGCACCGCUGCGUGACGGGCGCAGUGCGGCACUACUGCAAGGCGGGGCUGGGGGCGCACCUGAAGACGGCGCUGGUGCGGUACGGGACGAACGCGCUCGGGUGGCUGCGGGAGCUGCUGAGGCAGCCCGAGCUUAGGCAGACGGACGUGGCCGAAAGGCUGAUGCCCGCGCUGCUGUGCCUGGUGGCGGAGGCGCUAUGCGAGGUGCGGGGACAGCUGCUGGCGCAGCAGCUGCUGGUGGUGGAUGGCGAGGUGGGCACAGCCGCCACGCAACCCACGCAGCCGCAGUCGGCGGGCGACGCGCUCAGCAGGCGGCGGCUGUCGCUGCGGCUGGUGGGCGCGGUGCUGGAGGCGGCGGCGGACGUGAUGAAGCUGGCUGCGGAGAACGGCCUGUUGGCCUCACAGGAGCAGGCCGGCAAGACGGAGAAGGGCUCGGUCCACAUCGAGUCGAGUCCUCUGCAGUGCAUGGAGGCGGCUCCCCGCGGCCCGCUCCGCGCCGCCGUGGGCUGCACCCUGGGCCUGCUGCUGCGCGUGUGCGUGGAGUGCAGUGUGGUGUGGCUGCGGCCGGACGGGGCCAGCGCCCAGAGCGCUGUCCUGACCGCGGCGUUUCCACCCCAGGCCGAGCACCGCAGGGAGGUGCUGAGCCGGCUCAGCAGCUGCGCCGGCUUCCCUGCGCCCGCGGAGGAGUGGCAGGCGGUGCGCAACGAGCUGCGCGCCUGCAGCUCGCCGCACGUGUCCAAGCUGGCGGGCCGGCCGCCGCACCAAGAGGGUGCGGACGAGGCGGUCCGGCUGUCGACGACGGCGCUCGGGUGCCUGGCACGCCUGGCCGAGGAGUGCGGCACGGAAGGCCGCCAGUAUAUGUGGCCACCCACGCGGUGCAUGUGGACUCUCCUUCAACAGUACUCGUCGAGCGCCGUGCAACUGGACCAUAGCCAGAAGGCGGGUCUCAGCAAGUUCAUAAGGCAGCAGCAUCAGCCUCAGACGGCCGCCCAGCAGCAUGGGGCGCCCCAGCCGCCGCCACAGCGGCCUCAGCAGCCGCAGCACUUACAGCAGGCGGGGCAGCCGCUGCAGUCCCAGCUCCUGGCCUCCCAACAACAGCCACAUCCCUCAACCCAGCCGGGCGUGCUGCCGUCGGCGGCGCAAGGCCCACGGCAGCCGCAGCGGCCGCAGCAGCCGCGUCAACCCCAGCAUGCGCUACAGGCGUCGCAGGUGGAGCACUCGCGAGCGCAACCCGCGGCUCAAGCGCGAGGGCCCCAGGCGCAGCAGCAGCGGGCGCAGCAGCAGGAGCGGCCGGCCGCCAUCACGGCUAUGACGGGUUCAUCAUCUCAGCCGUCGGCAGCUGGCGCGGACCCGGAGCACGUGCACAAGCGCAAGCGCCAGGCGCCAGGCCCGCCGGAACGCGCAGCACAAGCAGGAGCUGGUGGUGGCGGCGGCGGUGGUGGUCGCGGUGGUGGCGGCGGCGCUGUGUCUGGCGCUGCGGGAGGCGGCCGCAGCAGCGGCGGCUCAGCUGGCGACCGUGAGGCCUCCACCGUGCCGCUCGUGUACGCGACGGGGCGGGCCAUGGACGCAGGCAGUGAGGAGUACAAGGCCAUGCUGCAGGCGGCGGUUGCGUUUGCGGACUUGCCGGCGUGGUACGACAACAUGCGCCAGCAGGAGCAGGGCCAAGAGCAGGAGCAGUCGGGGAGCGCCGCCUUGGACGUCCCGCCGCUGCUGGCACGUGUCAGCGCGUGCAGCGCCAUAAGCAAGUUGAGCCAGCACUUUUGUGUUGUUGCCACGCUGAUGGAUGGCUCUCUGUCGGGGCCGCCACGAGUCCUGCUGUACGUGCUCGGGGAGGAGGCCAUUGCUCGUGAGAUGCAUCGCGUCCUAAGCCGGCAGCCGAUAGUGGCGGUCUAUGGCGCGCAGCAGUUUAAGGGCGCGCCGCCGCAGAGCGGCCAGCCCUUCAAGGUCAAGUUGGAAAUCGACACGCGCGCGAACCGCUCCGAUAUGCAGCGCUGCGGCGUGGUAGUCCGGCCUCGGUCUGCCCGCGUCGACCAAGUCCGGGAGGCGGUGAACAAGAUGAAUGCCCAGCAGCGUGCGUCGCAGGGUGGCGCCGCGCCGAGUGGAGGGAAUAACGGCCUGGCAUCACAACAGCCCGUGCCGGCGCCCGACCAAACGCAGCAGGGCCCGCUGGCGACUGCGCCGAUGCCCGGCGCUGCGGGCGGUCUCACUGCGCCGGCGACGCUGCCGCGCGGCGGUCUGACGCCCCUGCAGGCGGCCGGGCCAGAGCCGCAAGCUGGCACAACGCCAGCGGUAGAUUUCCAGGCACGUGGGCCGCCGGAACCGGAAGGAGUGCCACCACCGCAGCGCCACGUCACGCCGUGGAGAGGCGUAUUUGCGGCGGCGUCGGAUGACGAGGACGACCCGCUGGAUGGCGGCCGCACACAGCCGCCAGGUGCGCGCCAAGAUGACGCUCCUGGGAAUGAGGAGGAGGGGGCAGAUUACGUUCCGGCGACUCAGGACAGUGACAGCUAGAUGCAUGUGUUGCAGUGGGUUAAAAUAUCGUUGGGUCUUUAACAACCUUGAGUAGCCUGUGAAGCACGGAGGACAUGGCAGUCUUAGCAGCCGUUGCGAUUUAGAGAUACUUUGCGCUUUGCAGGGCUGUAGCCAAGCCGCAAGGGGUACCGCGCUAGUAGCGGCUGUCCGGCACAGGGCAAAAAUAUGGCAGGAUGUGAACGGCAGGGCGUAUUUGUGUGUGUUUAUGUCUUGUGUGCCCAUGGCCUGUUCCCAAGCCUGUUGGAGGGCACGAGGGCAGGAAACACGCAGUGCACCAUCUGCCAUGCAGUGCAUAGCUGACGGUAUUGUUACGAGUUUGUGAGGUAUCUAUGAAGGUGCCUGCUGCCUACAUUCGUGCUUGGCGCUUCCUGUCGUGCAGCUGUGAUGGGACUGUGGGCUACCGUGCUGUGUUGCUACUAGAGUCGGGGCCUGGCAGUGAGUGUACACCAACAACCCCCGGCGUCACUCAGUAGUGAGUACCGUAGUGCGCAGCGGUGUUCAGCACAGCGUGGGGGAUAGGUCAGGUUCUUGUCGGACUGUUGGCACAACUAGAAGUGUGGGCCAGGGUGACUGCGAUUCUAGAUGGUGGCCCCCCAGCGGGUGAGACCGGGUUGGUCCCGACUGGUACCGUGAUACAAGUGUGAAGUGUCAGCCGUUGUGCGCUGCAUCUUGGCGUCUUGCAAGCUUCAGGCCCCAAACUCACACCGUGCAAUGAAGUUUUUGGGCUGAGCCCCCCGAGCGCAGCGAAGCCCCAGGAUCAGGCCUGUUAGUGCGUGCGCGCAUGCGUGCAUGGGUCGGCACACAACUCAAUACUUGCACAAACUGCGAGUGGCACACAUUAAGGUGGAAGGGAUUCCGGGAACUCCCUUCUUGGCAGUAGGACAUGGCUGGACGCAUGGCGGGCCGUGCCAUACGAACCGACUUAC